AUGGCUGCACCAUUCGUCGGAAUCUCGAUCGUCGGCGGCAAGGUGGACCUCUACAACGCCGCGCCCGGCGGCAAGACGGUCAUAUCGGGCAUCUCAUCAAGAACGUGCUGGCCGACAGUGGGGGCGGCCGCACUGCUCAGCUCAAGACGGGCGACCGCAUCCUCUCGGUGGACGGCACGGACCUGCGCACGGCCAGCCACGACCAGGCCGGGGCCGCCAUUCGCAGUUCGGGCGACGCGAUCGAGUUUGUCGUUGCAGAGUCUGGUGCACCGGUCGCGAGGCGGCGCCGCCGGUAGAGAGGGCGCUAGUGGCGACGUCCCGGCGCCGGCCGACGCGUCCGAGCCGGCCGAGCCGCCGGCCCGCUCGCCCUCGCCAGAGGUCAUCCAGCCGGGCUACAAGCCGCCGGCCAAGCGUCCCGAGCGGCUGGCGAGCGAGGCGUCCGUCGACGAGUCGCUCGAGGAGGACGAGGAGGGCACAUCCUGA